AUGUCUUCUUAUUUCUGGACGUUGGCCUCUGCAGCCAGCUUGCUGGCGGCGCUUCCCUCUGCCCUGGCUGGCUUCAAUGGAGGCUCUCACAAGAACAUUGCCGUGUAUUGGGGCCAAAACUCCUUUGGACAGGGAAGCGGCCCCAAUGUCCAGCGGAACCUGGCACAUUACUGCCAAGGUGAGUUUUUUCUGCGCAUGCCAAAACUUGGCCCGUUCAAGCCCCAACUAAAGCUCCUUUUGCGGCGUGUAGAUGGCGAUAUAGGUAUAAUCCCGAUUGCUUUCAUGAAUGGCAUUUCUCCUCCCAUUACCAACUUUGCCAACGCCGGAGACAAGUGCGACAAGUUUCCCGGCAAUUCAAACCUUCUCAAGUGCCCAGAGAUUGAGCAAGACAUCAAGACAUGCCAGACCAAGUUCAAAAAGACCAUCGUCUUGUCACUCGGUGGCGCAACCUACUCCCAAGGCGGCUGGUCCAGCACCCGGGACGCUGAGAAUGCCGCACAGUCUGUCUGGGACAUGUUCGGGCCUGUGCCCUCUGGCAGCAAGGUUGACCGGCCCUUUGGAUCGGCUGUCGUAGACGGUUUCGAUUUCGACUUUGAGUCGACGACCAACAACCUUCCAGCUUUUGGCGCCAAACUGCGAAGCUUGAUGGACGGCGCUGGUGGAAAGAAGUUCUACCUUACGGCCGCUCCUCAGUGUGUUUUCCCUGAUGCUGCUGCCGGCUCUGCCCUUGACGCUGUUGCGUUUGACUUCGUCAUGAUACAGUUUUACAACAACUGGUGUGGCGUUUCCAACUUCCAGACGGGAUCUGCUACCCAGUACGCCUUCAACUUUGAUGUCUGGGACAAGUGGGCCAAGGGCAGCAAGAACCCCAAUGUCAAGCUUUUGCUCGGUCUCCCAGCCAACAAAGGAGCAGGUGGCGGUUACACCAAUUGA